AUGAAUGGGUUCGCUUGUAAGGCGCCGCAGUCGGUGUCGGCGGACGACUUCACCUUCAGCGGGCUAAACAAGGCGGGCGACACCAACAACCCGGCGGGGUUUAAGGCGACGCUGGUGACGGUGAACCAGAUCCCCGGGCUGAACACGCAAGGCGUGUCGAUGGUCCGCCUCGACUUCGCCGUCGGCGGGGUGAACGCGCCCCACAUCCACCCCAGGGCCAGCGAGAUGCUGAUCGUGAUGGAAGGCACCCUCGAGGUCGGCUUCGUCACCACCCUGCCGGAGACCAAGCUCAUCACCAAGGUCCUCCAGGCCGGCGAGGCCUUCGUCUUCCCCCAGGCGCUCACCCACUUCCAGAGGAACGUCGGCAAGGGAACAGCCUUCGCCAUCGCCGCGCUCAACAGCCAGAACCCCGGGACCCAGCCGGUGCUCGCCGCGGUUCUCGGCUCCAACCCCAAGAUCCCCGUCGAGGUUGUCGCCAAGGCCCUUCAGGCCGACAACAAUGUCGUCACUCAGCUCCAGUCCAAGUUCAAAUGA